AUGUUUAUGCACGGCACUGACUUGCGGAUAGGAGCCCUAAAGUUCACAAAAGAUUCUAAGACGUGUGUGUUUUGGGACGUGGUGGAUUACCCAAUCGCAAAAGGUGUCGACCCUGCUUCGAUCCGUGGCAGUAUCAAAGAGGCUAUUCACGAGAAGCAGGAGGGUGGUGAUGGGGAGGUGACAGUGUAUGCUUACGGUGAUAAGAGUACGACAGUCUCGGAGCGUGAAUUUGCGGAUGCUGGAUUCGAUCAAUUCGAACUCGUUACCGAAGGGGGUAAACGUGAGAGAUUUUGGUCCAUCUUUGCUGACAUAUCGUUGUGGCGAAUGGAGGUCCCUGCACCAGCAAAUAUUAUUGUACUCGCAAAAGUAAUCGAAGACACCAUGUUGCCUUACCGUCUUGUAGCUUUGCUUACAUGUUGGGACUAUGGUGUUCGCAUAUCCGAAGUUAAACCAAAAUGGCGAUUUCCUGGUGGAAGCGCAGCCUCCUUCUUGACCAGCAUAAUCGAUGGUACCGAACCCGACAACACUCCUGCAGCCGACGCUCUUGCAGCUUACACUCUUGCAGCAAACACUUCUUCUGAUUCCGAGGAGUUGAAGCGGCUGCAGCGCAAGCGGCAGCAGCGCAAGCGGCAGCGGGAGCGGAAGCGGAAGCUGAAGCAGGAGCAGGAGAGCAGCUGA